GAGUCACUGGAUCCGGCCAAUUCAGUAUCGAGCGAUGGUGGCGGCUGUGGGCGACGACGUCGAGGCGGCGUCCAUGGAGACCGUGCGCGUGUUCAAGUACGCGGCCAUGGCCGUGCUGCUGGUGAUCACGGCCGCGUCGGCCCUGCUGCCCUUGUGGGUGUCGAGCCACGGCACGCGGCGCGCGCAGAACCUGCUGAGCCGCAAGCUGCCGUUCGCGACGGCCGGCGUGUUCCUGGGCUCCGGGCUGCUGCACUUGCUGCCGGAUGCAGUCAAGCUGUACGACGAGGUGGUGGCCAGGAUGGACGUGCCGCCGCACUGGAUGACGGCGUUCCCGAGCGUCUACCUGCUCUGUGCCUUGGGCUGCUCCAUCGUCUGGAGCGUGGACCUGCUUAACAUGGGCAACUCCGGCAAGCUCAUGGCCGUGGCCAGUGCUGCUCGGCCCGACCAUGAGACCAGCAUGUACCGAGUGCAGAUCCCGUCCGUGACCUCGUUCGGGUGGAGGAAUCGAUCGGUCUCCGUGGACGGCAAGGAGCGCUUCUACUCGUGCUCGUGCGGCACCGUGUCAUCACCUUCGAUGUUCCAUCGCGCUGCCAAAAUGGAGGAGGGCACGUGCCUGCUCACGCCGAGCGGCGUCAAGCUUGUGAACGGUGUGGGAGCUCAGGUCGUGAUGGAGUACGAGUCCGCUAACGUUACGACUGGGUUGCUCGAGGAGAGUCACGAGACGGAAUCCACAGUCAGCGAGCAUAUCGUGUUCUCCGGUGAGAGGUACAGUGCCGAGCAUACUCAUGUUUGUAGCAACCACGACAACUACUUUCUCCCCUAUUUAUUAGCCGCGCUCUUCUCGGUGCACUCGCUCAUCGCUGGCUUCGCGCUCGGAGUCAACCACUCCAUGGACCGGACGGCCGUGGCCACCACUGUUGCCAUCUUCAGCCACAAGUUCAUCGAGGCCAUGUCGGUGGGCGCCAACUUCGCCAAGGCCAAGAGCAGCAUCGCCCACCAGCGGUCCAUCGCCGUGCUGACGCUCUACAGCUGCAUGACGCCGCUCGGCAUCUUCCUGGGCAUGGUGCUGUCCGAUUCCUUACGCGGCAGCAGCGCGCUGGCCAUGGAGGCCGUGGCGCUGAGCAUCGCGUCGGGCAGCUUCAUCUACCUGGCGUUCCACGAGCUGUCGGAGGAGAACGCGAGCCAGGAGAGCCACACCAUCGAGAAGCUCGCGCUCUUCUCCGCGGGCAUGGCCAGCAUGGCCGUGCUGGCCGCGUGGGCAUAGGUAAUAAUGUGCCGUAACAGCAGGACGCCUGGGGCAAGCUGAGCAAGAGAAAACAGGACAUUCGGACGAUCGCAUUGCCACUUGCUAUGGAGAGACCAUCACGAUUCGCGGCCUUGGGCUUGCCAUUAGUAACGACGCGGCCGCCAUAACUACAUGUACACAGCGCUUUGCCAUAAAUACGAACAAGUCGAGGUGUCGUCCCGAGAGUUUGGACAGGCAAAGAAU